AUGAAAGUCACGACAAUUCUCGCCGCUUUUCUGCCCGUCUUGGCAUUGGCACAGAGCUCGACCGACGCCAGCACAACGACCAUCACUUCCACGGCUACCCAGACCAAGACGAUCACCCUGUCGCGCGCUCACACCACGACCAUGACCUACGGCAGUGGUAACAGCACGGCGACGUUCAAGCCCACGGGAUCUGCUGCUGUCUCUGCGACAGCCUCUGCGACAGCCGCGGCCACGACGAAGCCUAACGCCGGCGCCGCCCUGAACGCGGGCAACCUCGCCUUUGCCGGUGUUGCCGGCAUGAUCGCUGCCGUCCUUUUGUAA